UACGGAUGACGUGUCGAAUGACUCAGCAAGACGGGCGACGUGUCGAAUGAAUCAGCAUGACGGAUGACGUGUAAGACGACUCAGCAAUAUGGAUGACUCAGCCCGACGGAUGAUGUGUGUGAUAACUCAGCAUGACCGAUGCGUGUCCGAUGACUCAACAACUCUAAUCAAGUGUCAGAUGACUCAGCAAUUCUGAUGACGUGUUCUAUGACUCAGCUAGUCGGAUGCCGUGUCAGAUGACUCAACCUGACGAAUUACGUGUGUGAUGACUCAGCAACGACCGAUGACGUGUUGGAUGACUCAGCAAGUACUCAGCAUGAUGGAUGAGGUGCCUGGUGACUCAGCAUUUGGGAUGACGUGUGCGAUGACUCAGCAUAGGGGAUGACGUGUCUGGUGACUUAGCAUUUAGGAUGACGUCUGCGAUGACUCAGCAAGUUGUAUGAUGUGUGCGAUGACCCAGCAUGACGGGUGUUGUAUGUGAUGACUCAGCAAGUAGGAUUACUUGUCAGAUGACUCAGUAAUAGUGAUGACAUGUCAGGUAACUCAGCAAGAGAUAUGACGUGUCCGAUGACUCAUCAAUCUAGGGUGGCGUAUCCGAUGACUUAUCGAUCUGGGUGAUGUGUAUUAUGACUCAACAACAUGGGUGACGUGGGUAAUGAGUCAGCAAUUGCUGACUCAGCAAUCUGUGAUGACUCAGCAUACUGCGAUGACUGUGGGGCUGAAUCUGCUUUUAGGGAUGACGUGUGCGACGACUCACCCGCCACCCUGCUCCGUAGGUGGUUGUUGCUCGGAGUCGGAUUCACUAACGACAGUAGCUUUCUCUUUCUCUCUCUGGCCGGCAAAUCUGUCUUCAUUCGAUCCUACCUCCACACUCACACACACUACACACACAAAAAAUAUGCCCAUUUUCUCCGUUUACACAACCACUACAUAUAUACAAACCCCUUUGACUCGCCAUCUACUGGUUCUGGUUGCUUUCAUACUCCACCAAUGGCCGGCUUUGCUUCUUCUUUAUGCUUUUCUUCGAUUACGGUGGUGAUGCAGUUCUGGGUUUUGCUGUUCUUGUUCGGGAUUAAUUGGGUGCCAGUGGCGGAUUCCUCCACUCUUGGGGUGGAGUACAUUUCGCGGCUCCUGGAGAUUCAAGACCGGGAGAGAGCGCCGCCGUCUAUACAAAUCUCCGCCGCUUAUGCCGCCCUCAACCGCCUCAUCCCUUCCCAUUCUUCCAGCUUCCAGUUCAGCAUUAUCUCUAAGGAUUUAUGUGGUGGUGAACCUUGUUUUAAAUUGAACAAUCAUCCUGCAGUCAAUCAUGAUGGUUCUGCUGAAAUUUUAAUAAGUGGAACUACGGGAGUGGAGCUUUUGUUUGGUCUACAUUGGUACCUGAAGUAUUGGUGCGGAGCACAUAUAUCUUGGAGCAAAACAGGUGGAGCACAAUUUUCUUCAGUCCCAAAAUCGGGAUCUCUGAAUCGCAUUCAAGAUGCUGGGAUAACAAUGAAGAGGCCUACCCCUUGGAGCUACUAUCAGAACGCUGUUUCAUCAAGCUAUACAUUUGCAUGGUGGGAUUGGGAAAGAUGGGAGGAGGAAAUUGACUGGAUGGCUCUCCAGGGGAUCAAUUUGCCUUUGGCAUUUACAGGUCAAGAAGCCAUCUGGCAGAAAGUCUUCCAGAAUUUCAAUAUCAGUGCUCCAGAUUUGGAUGAUUUCUUUGGAGGUCCAGCAUUUCUUGCAUGGUCACGAAUGGGAAAUCUACACGGAUGGGGUGGCCCAUUACCACAAAGUUGGUUAGAUCAACAACUGAUACUGCAGAAGAAAAUUCUUGCCAGGAUGUAUGAAUUCGGAAUGAAUCCAGUCCUUCCAGCCUUCUCUGGUAACGUUCCAGCAGUCCUUAAAAGUGUAUAUCCAUCAGCAAAAAUAACACGCCUUGGAAACUGGUUUACUGUUAAGAGUGACCCGAGAUGGUGCUGUACCUACCUUCUUGAUGCAACAGAUCCCUUGUUCAUUGAAAUAGGAAGGGCUUUUAUUAUGCAACAGUUGAAAGAAUAUGGAAGGAGUAGCCACAUUUAUAAUUGUGAUACCUUUGAUGAGAACACACCUCCAUCAGAUGAUCCAGAAUAUAUCUCUUCAUUAGCUGCUGCAAUUUUUAGGGGCAUGGAAAGUGGUGAUGAUAGAGCGGUUUGGCUGAUGCAGGGAUGGCUAUUUACUGAUGAUCCAUUUUGGAAGCCUCCACAGAUGAAGGCACUCUUGCAUUCCGUUCCUGUUGGAAAGUUGGUCGUGCUUGAUCUAUAUGCAGAAGUUAAACCAGUUUGGGCUACUUCAGAGCAGUUUUAUGGCGUACCUUAUGUCUGGUGUAUGCUGCACAACUUUGCUGGGAACAUUGAAAUGUAUGGUAUUGUCGAUUCAGUCGGAUCUGGACCCAUAGAUGCUCGUCUUAGUCCAAACUCAACUAUGGUUGGUGUUGGGAUGUCAAUGGAAGGCAUCGAGCAGAAUCCUAUCAUUUAUGAUCUUAUGUCUGAAAUGGCAUUUCGGCAGGACAGAGUUGAUGUCAAGACAUGGAUUGAUAUGUAUGCACAAAGACGAUAUGGGCUAUUUGUCCCAUCAAUACAAGAUGCCUGGAACAUAUUAUAUCAUACGGUAUACAAUUGCACAGAUGGAUUAAAUGACAAAAACAGAGACGUUAUUGUGGCAUUCCCGGAUGUUGAUCCUAAUUCAAUUUUUACUUCAUCUCUGCUGUCAUUACCGAGAAAGCAUCGCCACUCUAAUAACCGAAGUCUAAGGAGAGCUAUUUAUCAACAAUCAAGCAAUUCCUAUACUCAUCCUCAUCUAUGGUAUUCGACUUCAGAAGUAAUACGUGCCCUGCAACUUUUUCUCACAAGUGGCAAUCAACUCUCAGAAAGUAACACUUUCAGGUACGACCUCAUUGAUCUAACAAGACAAGCAUUGGCAAAGUAUGCAAAUCAGCUUUUGUUAAAGGUUGUAGAAGCCUAUCAGCUAGGUGAUCUGCAUGCAGUCAUCCACCGCAGCCAGAAAUUUCUCAGUCUCGUAGAAGAUCUGGACACACUUUUGGCAUGCCAUGAUGGAUUUCUACUCGGCCCUUGGCUAAAAAGUGCGAAGCAACUAGCCCAAAACGACGAACAGAAGAAACAGUUCGAGUGGAAUGCAAGAACCCAAAUCACCAUGUGGUUUGACAACACGGAGGAGGAAGCGAGUCUGCUUCGUGACUAUGGGAACAAGUACUGGAGUGGCCUUCUACGAGACUACUACGGCCCUCGUGCUGCUAUUUACUUCAAGUUUCUCAUACAAAGCUUGGAGAGUGGUGAUGGUUUUCGGUUGAGACAGUGGAGGAAGGAAUGGAUCAAACUAACAAAUGACUGGCAGAAUCGCAGCAAUGUCUUCCCAACCAAAAGCACAGGCGAUGCCCUCAAUGUGUCCCGGAGGCUGUACAAGAAAUACUUGGAAGAGCCCGACUCACACGAAUUCUAAUUUAAUCGAUUGGACUGAUAGACAUCGUCACAACUUGAAAUUAGUGCCAACAUUAACUCAUGCUACUUGAUACUCGAUAUUGACUAAGAUGAAUUAUCAAAAGUUUGUCCGCCUUCUAUUCCAUUAAAUGUAAUAAAUCCAACUCGAACAUCUUUUCCAAUUA